AUAGAUACAACGUUAAACAAGUGCCAGCGUAGGAAGGUCAAAUAAAGUGCUGGCAGAGACAAAAGAUCAGUGGCUGCGCUUGUGUGCGCGAGUCUUGUGUGGUGGAACAUUGUGCCGUGCACCGCUAGUCCUAGGGAUUUUGGUCGGCACCGCGUUCGAACGUAGCGCGAGAGAGCGAGAGACGGAUAAAAACAGCUGAUGCUGUGCGAGGAACACCGGCGAAAUGUCAAAGUCCAAGCAAAUCUUACUUCGUAUACAAUCUGCAGAGGGUACAAAACGAAUCGAGAUACAGACCUCUGACACGGUAUCACAGCUUUUUGACAAGAUUUAUAAUGUAUUUGAAUUACAAAGUUUUGGUUUUGGCCUUUACAAACAACGUAACCAAAAAGAUGAAAUUAUAUCAUCACGCAGCAGAACAAUUCAAGGAGUAGGAUUAAAGCAUGGAGAUAUGUUAUAUCUAUCACCGAUUAAUGGUGCUGUACUUUGGGAUACUAAAUCAACUAACAAUGCGUCCAAUGAUACCUCAUCAGAACCAAUGGAUGUCACUCCAAGUACAAGUAAAGUACAACAAGUUGUUAAUAGUUCUUUGCGGUCAUUAGCAAAUUCGUUCGAAGAUGAGGUUGAUCAACAAUUAUGGAAGCAAAAUGGAAAGAUACAAAGAAAACGUGAUGAGAAGUUUUGUCGACAUGGCACAAAUGCCUGUUGCGUUCACUGCUCACCAUUGGAACCUUUUGACGAGGCACAUCUCAAAGAGCAAAAUAUAAAGCAUAUGUCCUUUCAUUCUUAUCUAAGAAAACUUACAGCCGGUGUAGAUAGGGGUAAAUUUUUACAACUAGAAGACAUAAGUUGCCGUAUAAAAAGUGGUUGUAAAGAUCACCCACCAUGGCCCAAGGGUAUAUGUAGCAAAUGUCAACCUAAUGCUAUAACUCUCAAUCGACAACCUUAUCGACAUAUUGACAAUGUAAUGUUUGAAAAUGCUAAUUUAGUUGAGCAAUUUCUAAAUUAUUGGCGCAUCACAGGACACCAACGUAUUGGUUAUUUAUAUGGGAGACACGAAGUACAUUCGGAUGUACCUUUAGGUAUUAGAACAGUCGUAGCUGCAAUAUAUGAACCACCUCAGGAAAGUACAAGAGACUCAAUCGUUCUUUUAUCUGAUGAUAAAGAAACACAAAUAGAUGAAUUAGCUCAAUCAUUAAAUUUGAAGAAAGUUGGAUGGAUAUUCACAGACUUGAUUGCCGAUGAUGUUAAAAAGGGAACAGUGAAACAUGUGAGAAAUAUUGAAAGUCACUUCUUAUCCGCACAAGAAUGUAUUAUGGCUGGUCAUAUACAAAAUAAACUUCCUAACCCAUGUCGUUUUUCACCAAAUGGUCAUUUUGGUUCAAAAGCAGUAACAGUUUGUGUUACCGGAGAUGAUAAAAAUCAAGUACACAUGGAAGGAUAUCAAGUAACUUAUCAAUGUAUGGCACUAGUUCGAGAUGGAUGUUUAGUGCCAACAAAAGAUGCACCAGAAUUGGGUUAUGUUAUCGAAUCAACAGAUAAGCAGUUUGUCCCUGAUGUUUAUUAUAAGGAAAAGGACACAUAUGGAAAUGAAGUCUCCAGAUUGGCUAGACCACUUCCUGUCGAAUAUUUGCUAGUCGACGUUCCAGCAUCAACACCAUUAACGCCUCAAUUUACUUUCUAUGCUAAAGAUAAUAUAACACCAUUCCCUAUUGAAAAUAGAAUGAUCGAUGGCCAAUUCCAAGAAUUCAGUUCCUUGUGCUCUUACAUGCAGCAAUUUAAUUCCGAUCAGUUUCUUGAAGCCGUAUCUGAUUUUCAUCUACUCAUAUACAUAGCUUUUAUGGAUAUGUUGCCUCUAAAGAAUUUCAUGGGACCAUUAUUGGAAGCUAUUCGUACAAACGAUCGUCAAAAAGCUGCUGAAUGGGCACGCUCGGAACAUUGGGCUACAGUCGAAGAACUCAUUUCAGCAACAUCAUCCGUAGGCCCUUCGUCUCGCAAUGCAGUGUUUGGAAGUAAUGUAGCGGGCUCUGCAUCUAGUGGAAUCGGCAUUGGUACUGCAACUGGAUCUUCCGAUGACUCCAGAUCCGAUCGAGCAUGGUGGACUUGUGCACAUUGUACUUUCCUUAAUUCUGCAGAAGCAAACAUAUGUGAUAUGUGUGGUUUGCCGAGGAUUUGAUGCAUGCAGUACUUUAAUGAAAACUCUUGCCUACUAGUUAUGGAAAUUAUUUGUUCAAGCCAGUUAAACUUUUUAAAAUUCUCCUAGAUUGUUUUUAAAAUUUCUUCUUUUGUUUGCUUAAUUAUUUGGUGUUCUAAGACACAGUACUUCGUAUAUUCUAGAAUGCCGAUGUAAAUUUUCAAUAAGAUUAAAUCAUGGAGAUUGAACAUAAAGCAGCACAUAAUGAUCUAUACAUUAAAUGAUGACUGAUUACUAUACUAGCCACUCAGCAUUCUUAUUGAAAUUUGUAUUAACAAAGAACAAACAUGGAUAAACAAGAAAACUGUGAUAUGGAAAGGAAAGACAUCUCGUACAAACAUGGACAUAACUGCAAGGUUUACAAAACCUUUAUAUGUAAUUUAUUGUGACAUUACAGAUGUUUUUGCAAAAAUGAUUUUUUUGAUUUAUUCGCUAGUAAUUAGCGAAGAACAAAAAUACAUUAAUACUAAAGUCAUGUAGGUAACACUGAAAGGAAAUAAGAAAUUUUCAAUUUGA